CGGGUGAAGCCGCCUCGGCAACGUCCGCUCAGCCGCCUCCGCGCGGCCCCGGCCAUGGAGGAGCCGCCGCUCCGGGAGCCGCCGCCGCCGCCCGGGGAAGGGGAGGAGGAGGAGGGAGAGGAAGAGGAGGAGGAGGAGACGGACGCGGAGUGGAGCUUCGUUGACGGCGAGAUGGAGGCGGUGGCGCUGCGGGACCUGCCCACCGCCAUCAUCGCCUGCAACCUGGACCCGCGCGUGUUCCAGGACGGGCCGUGCCGGGCCAAGUUCGAGUCGCUGUUCCUGCCCUUCGACCGGGAGCCCAAAUUCCAGUACUUCCGCAGCUUCCGCAGGGUCCGGGUCAGCUUCAGCAACCCCCUGGCUGCAGCUGAUGCCAGGAUCCAGCUGCACAGGACACAGUUCCUGGGGAAAGAGCUCAAACUCUGCUUUGCUCAGGUAAAGCUGCUCCUGGGGAGUCAUGGAAGCACCAAAGCUUCCAUGGAAAUGAAUCCUGGAAUGGGAAAAGGAGUCCUGGAAUGGGAAAAGGAAUCCUUGUGUGGGAAAAGGAAUUCCUGCAUGGGAAAAGGAAUCCUGGUAUGGGAAAAGGAAUCCUUGUGUGGGAAAAGGAAUCCUUGUGUGGGAAAAGGAAUUCCUUUGUGGGAAAAUGAAUCCUUGUAUGGGAAAAGGAAUCCCUGUGUGGGAAAAGGAAUUCCUGUGUGGGAAAAGGAAUUCCUGUGUGGGAAAAGGAAUCCCUGUGUAGGAAAAGGAAUCCUUGUGUGGGAAAAGGAAUCCCUGUGUGGGAACAGGAAUUCCUGUGUGGGAAAAGGAAUCUUCAGCAACCCCCUGGCUGCGGCCGAUGCCAGGAUCCAGCUGCACAGGACACAAUUCCUGGGGAAAGAGCUCAAACUCUACUUUGCUCAGACUUUGCACAUUGGAAGCUCCCACUUGGCCCCUCCAAAUCCAGACAAGCAGUUCCUGAUUUCCCCUCCUGCCUCUCCCCCCGUGGAUUGGAAACAAGUGGAAGAUGCAACUCCAGUCAUCAACUACGACCUUUUAUAUGCAAUUUCCAAGCUAGGACCAGGUGACAAGUACGAGCUGCACGCGGCCACCGCCACCACCCCCAGCGUGGUCGUGCACGUGUGCGAGAGCGACCGGGAGAGCGACGGCGGCGACGAGGAGCCCAAAAAACCCAAACCCAAAAUCAUCCAGACCCGGAGACCCGACUACACCCCCGCCCAUCUCAGCUGAGCUGCUGCUGCUGCUGCUGGGUUUGGUUUUUGGGGUUUUUUUCCCAGUAGGAAACUUCCCAGGGAAAAAAAAACAAACCACCCCGUUGGGUUUGACGGCGGCGCUGGAGAAAUUCCCCGGCUGAGAGAAAAAAUAAAGGAAGUUUCAUCCCGAUUUUUUUGAGGCUGCAGGUUGAUCCCUGGGGGUAUUCCCAAAUCACUGGGAGAAGAUGAUAUUUGGAGACAAACUAAGACAAAAAUAGGGUUUAUUUUUGGGGGGUGAAGGAGCUUUUCCUUGCCUGACUCUUAAAUCCUCCGGUUGGAUGGAAAAACCUCGGGAUGACAGAGAAGGUUUUAAGGAUUAAAGUCCUUAAAACUCAAAAAAAAAAGUACUUUUUCUCCUCCUGCAUUUUGUGCAUGUGCAUCCUUGGUCUUCUAAAGUAACUUCUGAGUUAUUUUCUAGAGUUUCUCACGAGCAGGAAAUCGGGGAGGUUUAAGGUAUUUAUUAUCCCAGAUUUCCCUCUAGGUGUGUAAAUACAUAUAUUUAUAUUUGUUUUUAUUGGCACUGCUUUACCAGCAGGCACAAAAUCCCUUCAGCCCCCCUGAUUUAGGUGCUGUGGAGACCUGUGCUUUUAAAAAUGUUCACCUUUGAAAUGCCUCCAGUGGGGUUUUAUCUGGCAAAAAACAAUGGGGAAAAAAAAAAAGGUGCAACGGGAGACUUGCUGAAAUGAAUGGAUUUUAAAUUAUUUAAGUUCUGAUAAUUUAUAUCUUCAAUGACACUUGUUUGGUAGCUUUGACUUGGGGGGGGGGGGGGAAAAAGGACUUUUAAGGGUAUAAAUAAGGCUAAUGGUGCAUAUUCAGAAUUUUUUCAGUGCUGGAGGGACUUGAAUCUGCGUUUUUUUGGUGAGAAAAGGUUGAAUGGUGAUUGGAAAAUUACAGGGAGGAGAGAUGGUGCCUUUGCCUUGUCCAUUCCUACUACAGGCUGCACACUUGGAUCUUUUUCUACUGGCUUUGUACCUCCAGAACUCCCAAACUUUCUUAGCUUUGCCUCCAGACUGAGCUGGUGUGAGAUGCUUUAAUGCCAAGUAAUGCACAUUGAAAUCAUGGCAAUGUGGGGGAGAAGCUUUAGGGGUUUUAUAUUGUUCCAGACAGUCCUGAUAAUUAAUCCCAAUUCCAAGGCAAAAAAGAAACAACCAAAAAGAUGAGAGAGAAAUGUAUUUUAUUACUUGUUUUUUUUAAAACUGGAGAUCCUCACCUUGAAACAGGUAUUUUUGGGGGAAGAGAUAGGAACUGAUUUUUGUGGAAAAUGUCAUUUAUGGGUCUUAGGAAGUUUGUUGGGAAGUUUUUAGGAAUCCAGACGUGGUUCCCUCCUGCUCUGCUUUUGCCACAGUUGGUCUGAGAAGGAGUUUGAAGCAAAUAUUGACUCAAACACCCUUGCUUUCUUUCAAUAAUACCUGUUUGAAAACCGAAGAUGUGGAAUGGAGCCAUCCCAAGCUGGGAAACAAGGACUGGUGGUGCCAAGUGAAAGGGAAACCAGUGACUGGAGAACAGGGAUAUGUGGAAUUUUCUGCUCUGGUUUUGAUCACUGAUCCCUGGAAACUGGAAGAAACCCUGAUCCUUGGUGUUAAAAAGAGCUGAUUCCGUGUCCUGCUGGAGCUCUUGGAUGGACACAGAGGGAAAAUCAGGUUAUUUUGGGGGUACAACAUCCAGCUGGGGCUAUGGCCUUGGCUACCAGCCCCCAAAAGAAAGGAGUCAAGCAGGUUUGCCACAACUGCCUUUAAGCCUUUCCAAGAUUAUUUUUCCCACGUUUCUCCAGUUCCUGCUGGACUCAAUGUCUCAUCCAGUUGAAAAUGGAAGAAUUCCCGUCCUUUUCCACCCGUGGCAAAUCCCAACACGACUUCUCCAUCACAGGGAGCUGCUCUUCUGUUCCCUAAAAAAACCAACAGUGCUGCUUUUCAACUGAAACCCACCAAAAUCCGUGAUUUUUAACCAUUUCCCACACCCAGAAAGUGGCCACUGGGAAAGCCUGGGAAUCUUGGAAUGGUGACAGCGUGUUCCUGGUUGUGUCUCCUUGGCUUUUCCUGGUCCUUUUUUCUUUUUAAUGUUCAACUGAAUGCUUGGUUGGUAUUUUCUACAGUUGUAUAGCACGGGGCAUAUUUAAAUUAAAAUAUUUUGGUUGUCUUUCUUGUAA